AUGACAGCUGUCAAACAUUCAGCGUCCCGCGAAACAUCUUCAUCAGGCCACAACGACCAACAAAUUGUAUGUCUACUAGACACAGGUUACCAGUCACGAUCUACCCAGAGGCAUGUUCUUCCCUCUUCAAAGUCUCCCGUAGGGCCCGACACGAUAUAUCGACGUCCGCCAAAUGCCCUUGCGACCUCUGGAAUGUUUCAAGAUCUCAUCUUCAUCACCUUCCUCAUCCUCUUCUCAAGAUGUCGACACGCCCGCCCUGCACCCACAGUCUCGAAACGAUGUAUGGAUGUCCGGCAAACGCUGUGCUGCCGUCGAAGUCACGCACAGACUCCAGCCAUAGUGGAUACGUCAUUGGUCAAUGAUAACUUUAAAAUAAAAAGACGUAGUCUUGUAUUCCCUGAUCACAUUCAAGGCUGCCUAAAGUGGCUACAACGGUUUGUUGCACAUUAA